AGCUAACAAUAAUCGUUUGGUCAGCCUGUUGCCAUCUUGAGCACCAAUGAACUUAAACUAAAACAUCGAUCAUUUGUUAAAGACUUGUUAAGCAAAAAGAAAUAACAAUAUAAAAUGAAUGUGCGAAUUGUUCAAAACCGAAAAAACUUUAUGAAUUUAACAAACAUUCUACGAACACAUGGAUGCCGGCAUUUGUCCGCCCAGGCUGCGGUUCAGCCCAAACGAAAUGCCAACACUCAAAAUAUAGUGCUUGUUGAUGGCGUGCGUACGCCAUUUCUGACGUCUGGUACAUCAUACUCGAAUUUAAUGCCACAUGAAUUAGCCAGGCAUUCCUUGCUCUCACUAUUGCAAAAGACUCGGCUGGACAAGGAACUUGUUGAUUAUAUUGUCUAUGGCAGCGUUAUACAGGAGGUGAAAACUUCUAAUAUUGGCCGUGAGGCGGCGCUUUCGGCUGGCUUCAGCGAUAAGACACCUGCACAUACCGUUACAAUGGCUUGCAUAAGCUCGAAUGCAGCAAUUACAACUGGCAUGGGUCUUAUUGCAACCAACACGUAUGAUGUGAUUGUUGCUGGCGGCGUUGAAUUUAUGUCUGAUGUGCCCAUUCGGCACUCGCGCAAAAUGCGUUCGCUUUUGUUGAAGGCGAAUAGGGCUAAAACUUUGGGACAGCGGUUGUCAUUACUCUCGACAUUCAGACCCGGUUUCUUGGCGCCUGAAUUGCCGGCUGUUGCAGAGUUUUCGUCUGGCGAAACCAUGGGUCACUCUGCAGAUCGUCUGGCAUCCGCAUUUAAUGUCACACGAAAAGAGCAGGAUGACUAUGCUUUGAGAUCCCAUCUUAUGGCCAAGAAAGCCCAGGAAAGUGGAUACUUUACGGAUCUGGUGCCCUUCAAGGUGCAAGGCGUUGACCAAAUCGUGGACAAGGACAACGGAAUUCGCGUCUCUAGUCCUGAAAGUUUGGCUAAACUUAAACCAGCUUUUGUGAAGCCUUAUGGCACAAUUACUGCUGCCAAUGCUUCCUUUUUGUCUGAUGGCGCCUCGGCUUGUCUGAUCAUGACAGAGGAGAAAGCAAAGCAAUUGGGCUUAAAGCCAAAAGCAUAUCUACGAGAUUUUCUUUAUGUGUCUCAAGAUCCUGUUAAUCAACUCUUAUUGGGUCCUGCCUAUGGUAUUCCAAAACUUCUCAAAAAAGCUGGUCUCGCACUUAAAGAUGUCGAUACUUGGGAAAUUCACGAAGCUUUCGCCGGGCAAAUUGUUGCUAAUUUGAAAGCUUUAGAUUCCGAUUGGUUCUGUAAAACAUAUAUGGGUCUCAACGAGAAGGUCGGAUCUCCCGAUUUAUCCAAGUGGAACAAUUGGGGCGGAUCUCUGUCGAUCGGUCAUCCAUUUGCUGCCACAGGCGUUCGUCUAUGCAUGCACACGGCCAAUCGCCUGGUGCGUGAGGAUGGCAAACUUGGUGUAGUCGCCGCGUGCGCCGCUGGAGGCCAAGGCGUGGCCAUGCUUAUCGAACGUUAUCCUGGAGCAACUGCUGACUGAAAAUAUCAUUAGCUAGGAUUCUUUUUUAACACCUAAAUAAAAAACUUUUAAUAAACACAUAUAUUGGCUGUAA